CCCGAAAUAUUCCAUAAUCUCUCUCACGCCACUUUCUUCCUUCCUUCCUCUCUGCUGUGUGCUUGUGUGUCCAAGAAACCAUCACCCCGGAACCGACCAUGGCCACCGCCGACAUCCGCCGCUCCAUCGCAGGCCAGACACGCUUCGCCCUCCGCCUCACCGCCGCGCUCUCUUCGACCGCCGCCGCGGCUCCCGCCAGAAACACCGCCUUCUCCCCGCUCUCCCUCCACGUCGUGCUCAGCCUCCUCGCCGCCGGCGCGGGCCAUGCCACGCGCGAUCAGCUGCUCACCGCACUCGGAGGAGGCGAUGGGCCGGUCGCAGCUGAGAUCCUGCACGCGCUUUCCGAGCAGGUGGUGCAGCUCGUGCUCGCCGACGGGUCCGGAGUCGGCGGUCCGCGGGUCGCCUUUGCCGAUGCUGUUUUCGUCGAUGCGUCGCUGAAGCUGAAGUCGGCCUUCGAGGAGGUCGCCGUCGGAAAGUACAAGGCCGAGACGCACUCUGUCGACUUCCAGGAAAAGGCUGCACAAGUUGCUGGUGAAGUGAACUCCUGGGUAGAGAAAGUGACCUCAGGUCUAAUCAAAGAGCUGCUGCCACCAGGAUCUGUUGAUCAGACCACCAGGCUGGUUCUUGGCAAUGCACUCUAUUUCAAAGGAGCUUGGACUGAAAAGUUCAAUGUAUCUGAAACCAGAGACAGCGAGUUCCACCUUCUUGAUGGCACCUCAGUUCAAGCACCUUUCAUGUCCAGCGGAAAGGAUCAAUGCAUUGCGUGUUACGACGACUUUAAGGUGCUUAAGCUUGCUUACCAACAAGGCGGGGACAAGAGGAAGUUCUCCAUGUACAUACUUCUUCCGGAAGCACGGGAUGGACUAUGGAGCUUGGCUGAAAAACUGAGCUCUGAGCCUGAGUUCAUGGAGGAGCAUAUCCCGACGAGGAAGGUUCCGGUUGGGCAGUUCAAAGUCCCCAAGUUCAAGGUUUCCUUUGGGUUCGAAGCAUCCGAUCUGCUAAAAGGAUUGGGGCUUGAGCUACCAUUUAGCUCGCAAGCAGAUCUGUCAGAGUUGGUUCAUUUGCCAGCAGGACAGAACCUGUGUGUUUCAUCCAUUUUCCACAAGUCGUUUGUCGAAGUUAACGAGGAAGGAACGGAGGCCGCCGCCGCAUCUGCUGCAGUGGUUAUGCUCUGUUCAUUCAGGAUGCCCACGGAUUUCGUCGCGGAUCACCCUUUCCUGUUCCUGAUUCGUGAAGACACAACUGGUGUGCUGCUGUUCGUUGGUCAUGUGGUGAAUCCCCUGCUUGCUCCAUAGACCAUAGUUCUGAACUGCUGACGCUGCGAUCCCAUCCCUUGCAUGCUGACUACAAUAUAGCGACAUUUGGUCGUGUGUAUGCAUAAAUAAGUGGCUUGAUCGAUGUAUGUCAGGUUGUGCGAUGAUACACUGCAAUAAUCAAUAUACAUGGUGCCUGUUUACUAUUCAGAUGUUGGUUAA